AUGGCGGACAACGAAGCUCUCUCUAAUGGCGUCAAUGGCGACACCGCUGAUCUCAACGAACCUGAUCAUUCUUCCCAGAAGUCAACCUCCACCCCCUCCAUUGACGACCUUAAUCAGAGGAUCGAAGCUUUGGAGAAGGAGAAAUCCGAUUUGGAAACAGAAAAGUCGAAAUCGGAGGCUAAAAUCGGUGAUUUACAAGCUCAGAUCGAGUCACUGAAGGCUGAAAACGCCGAGUCGGAGUCGAAUCGUAGGGCGGCGGAAUCCAUUGCUAAGAGAGCGUCGGAGCUUGAAAUUCAAGUGUCGCGUCUUGAGCAUGAUUACAUCACCUCCAUGAACGAAGGUGCCGAGUCGAGCCGUGAAGCUCAGGAGCUGAAGACGAAGAUCAAGGAGAUUGAAGAGAAGGCGAAGAGAGAGAAACAGGCGAAAGAGAAUGAAAUUGCUGCACUUUUGAUCGAAAAGAAGGAGGUUGAGAAUUCCGUUGAACAGCUUCAGGCUUCGUUGAGGAUUUCCGAAGCUAAGGUGAAUCAAUUGGAGGAGAAACUGGAUGAUUUGGCGAAGAAAUCGGAUGAAUCUGAAAAAUUAAUUGAUGGAUUAAUGGAUAAAGUUGCAGAAAGAGAAGUUUCUGAUGAUGGAUUUGCAGGAUUCAAGAAUCUAUUGCCUGCUAUUGGUGCUGUUUCUGCUGGUGUCAUCGUCGCCGCGGCCGUGGUGUGCUACAUUAGGCAGAAGUAG